AAUAUUUCCAACAUGGCGUAUUUAAUGAGAAAUAUUUUGUUUCGAACGCAGCUGACCAAGGGCUGCAAACGGGUCCUUGCUGUGGGAUCAAAGCAUUUCUCAAGUGCAUCAGGUGAAGGCACGUUAGAUUCUGAGGAUGAUGAUGUUCCUCGUUUUCCUGGUUCAAAGUCCAAGUUCACUGAUAAAUUGGAGUUUGUUGAUGUGGAAGAGGAAGGCCUCAUUCCAGUUUAUCGAGUGAUGAAUCGCAAUGGCGAAAUCACAGAUAAACAGAACGAACCAACAUUGAGCAGAGAGGUUAUUCAGAAAGUGUACAGAAAAAUGACAUUGUUAAGCACCAUGGACCGAGUUUUAUAUGAGACCCAGAGGCAGGGAAGAAUCUCAUUUUACAUGACAAAUUACGGUGAAGAAGCAGCUCAUUUCGGUACGGCAAGCGCUCUUGAUCCAGAAGAUUUGAUAUAUGGGCAAUAUCGAGAAGCUGGUGUGUUGCUCUGGCGCGGUUUCACGCUAGACGACUGCAUGAACCAGUGUUUUGCAAAUGAAAUGGACGCAGGAAAAGGCAGGCAAAUGCCGGUGCAUUACGGCUCGAAGAAACUUAAUUUUGUGACGAUUUCGUCGACUCUAGCAACACAAAUGCCACAAGCCCCAGGUGCAGCGUACGCCAUUAAACGUUCAGGCAAGCCUCACUGCGUCGCUUGUUAUUUUGGAGAAGGUGCAGCCAGCGAGGGAGAUGCGCACGCAGCAUUCAACUUUGCUGCGACCCUCGAAGUUCCAGUCUUGUUUAUAUGUCGAAACAACGGCUACGCGAUAUCCACACCAACCUCAGAGCAAUACCGAGGCGACGGAAUAGCCGGGCGAGGACGUGGUUAUGGUAUUCGUACAAUUAGGGUCGAUGGCAAUGAUCUUUUUGCUGUUUACAAUGCAACUAAAGCAGCCAGGGAAUACGUCGUUCGGGAAUCAAAACCUGCUCUUAUUGAAGCCAUGACAUACAGGAUUGGUCAUCACAGCACCAGUGACGACUCAACGGCGUAUCGUUCGCAAGAUGAAGUCAGUUCCUGGGAUAAACUUGACCAUCCUAUUGCUAGACUAAGACGUUUCAUGAUCUCGAAAGAGUGGUGGGACGAGGAACAGGAGGAGAAAUGGAAACGAGAUGCCCGUCUGCAGGUCAUGCAGGCCUUCGGCAGGGCCGAGAAAGCCGUCAAACCGCCGAUGAAGAAUUUGUUUACGGACGUGUACGACGAAAUGCCACGAAACUUGUCCGAACAGUACGAAGAAUGUCGUGCGCAUGUCAGUAAAUACCCAAACGAAUAUCCAAUUGACGAUUAUGCAAGCAAUGAAUAAAAUGUAGUCAAAUAAAUUGAAUCGAUGUAGUAUAUUUUAAUAAAACUUGAAUCUUGUGUCAUCA